UAGUUUAUAAAUUAAACUUAAAUACUUAUUUUGCAGCAAGAUUUCAAGUAGUUUUAUAGUCCGUUAAACAAAUUUUCAAUACCCUGCCCAGCCAAGUGUACCGUUGGGAUUGAUAUCCUACUUUUUACAAUAUUAGAAUUUGGGAAACUUAUUAUUAUUUUUCUUAUCAAUGGAUUUGCUGGCUGCUAAAGACCUGCCGUGUAUAAAUGACCGCUGUCGAACAUGUAUGAUGGAAAUAUUUACUGGAAUCACUGCAGUUAAUAUUUUUGAGCGCAACAUACAAAACAUUAGUGUAGCUGAAAUUCUUCACUCGUUUACAGCUCUCACUUUUGAUUUAAAUGACCAACUUCCAAAAGUUGUAUGUCACCUGUGUUAUGAGAAGCUCUACAGUUUUUAUCAAUUUAUACUACACAUAGAAAAUGUUGACACAAAAUUCCAAGAAGAACUCAAAGACAAAGACCAUUCAUCAUUCGAAAGUGAUGGAAUCAUGAAAAAGGAUUUCAAUUUUCAAGAGGUACCUGUAGACCUAAAUUCAUUACGAGAAAAUGAAGGAAGUUUAAGUAUGAAGGAAGAAAUUUGCGAGGAAGAAAAUGGUGGGUUAGAGAAUUUUAUAAAAUUUGAAGUAGUACAAGAAUAUGUUUGCAAUAUAUGUUACAAAUAUUUUAGCAACAACGGAAACUAUCUAAGACAUAUUAAGAAACAUUCCUCGAGUGAUGUAAAUAAUAGAAUAAGCCAAGCAGAACAUCCUAACCAAGAAUCAUUUGACUAUAAGACUGGUUCUAUUGAAACAAAAGUUAAUCCUCUAGAAGACAACAUAAAUUCAGAUAAUGAAGCAGAUGAGAAUGACAUUAAACAUAGUUUACAAGAAAAACCUGCCCAACACAUUACAGAAACCUCAGAAAAGGAGGGUAUUGUUUGUGAAAUUUGUAACAGAUGUUUCCGGAACAAAAACUCCUUGUCAGCACACAUGAAAAUACAUGUUGUUAAAGGUAGGGUAUUGUCAUGUCCAGCUUGUGGCAAAGUAUUUAAUACAGCCUACCAUUUGAAACGACACCAGAACGAAGUACAUAAAGAUCAUGAUGAAACGAGCACAAAUUUGGCACAUAUUAAGAAACAUUCCUCGAGUGAUGUAAAUAAAAUAAAACAUCCUAACCAGGAUGACUCAUGUGACUAUAAGACUGGUUAUAUUGAAAUAAAUGUUAAUCCUGUAGAAUACAACAUAAAUUCAGAUAAUGAAGCAGAUGAGAAUGACAUUAAACAUAGUUUACAAGAAAAACCAGCCCAACACAUUACAGAAACCUCAGUAAAGGAGGGUAUCGUUUGUGAAAUUUGUAACAGAUGUUUCCGGAACAAAAACUCCUUGUCAGCGCACAUGAAAAUACAUGUUGUUAAAGGUAGGGUAUUGUCAUGUCCAACUUGUGGCAAAGUAUUUAAUACAGCCUACCAUUUGAAACGACACCAGAACGAAGUACAUGAAGAUCAUGAUGAGACGAGCACAAAUUUGGCACAUAUUAAGAAACAUUCCUCGAGUGAUGUAAAUAAAAUAAAACAUCCUAACCAAGAUGACUCAUGUGACUAUAAGACUGGUUAUAUUGAAAUAAAUGUUAAUCCUGUAGAAGACAAUAUAAAUUCAGAUAAUGAAGCAGAUAAGAAUGACAUUAAACAUAGUUUACAAGAAAAACCUGCCCAACACAUUACAGAAACCUCAGUAAAGGAGGGUAUCGUUUGUGAAAUUUGUAACAGAUAUUUCCAGAACAAAAACUCCUUGCCAGCACACAUGCGAAUACAUGUUGUAAAAGGUAGGGUAUUGUCAUGUCCAACUUGUGGCAAAGUAUUUAAUACAGCCUACCAUUUGAAACGACACCAGAACGAAGUACAUAAAGAUCACGAUGAGACAAGCACAUAUUUGGCAAAGGAAGAUGCAGAACACUUGUCACCUACUUCAAUAAAAAAUAUGUGUAUAAUUUGUAAACGGAGGUUUAAAAGUCAACAAUCAGUGGCCGCACAUAUGAAAAUACAUGGUUAUAAAGAAAGAGUGUUAGCAUGUUCAAAAUGUGGCAAAGUAUUCCCCAGGGAAUAUAAUUUAAAACGACACGAGUUAUCACAUGAAGAAAAACGUAAAUAUAAGUGUGGUUUCUGUAGUGAAUCAUAUUUGACUGAAGAAAUACUAGAACAGCAUUUGAAACAACACGGUGAAACAAAAAUUUGUUCUGUCUGUCAGAAAACAUUUGCCGAUAUGCUUGCACUGAAUAUGCAUGUUUUUAAAUUACAUAGACGUAAACUAUACCUGUGUUCGUACUGCGGCAAGAAGUUUGAGUCUAGUCGACAGUUACAUUCACACCAACAAAGGCAUAUGGGCAUUAAAAGAUUUGCCUGCACCCUAUGUCCAAAAAAAUUUAUUAGCAAAGGAGAACUAAGAGACCACGUAGCAACUCAUACUGGGGAGAGACACUACAAGUGUAAACAGUGUAAUGCAGCGUUCAAAAACAGAAGCACACUCGACCAACACACGUUUAGGCAUCUACGUAUCAAGCCAUAUCACUGUGAUGUAUGUCCAAAAACGUUCGUAACGAAGAAUGCUCUGAAAUGCCACAACCGUAUCCAUACGGGUGAGAAGCCGCACUCCUGUGACAUCUGUGCUCAAGCCUUCGGAAGCAAUUACAGCCUCGUCAAACACCGCAGGAGGCACCACUGAUGUGACCAUUGCACGGAGAGUUUCCGCCUCAAGACAGAGCUGACACAUCACAUCACUCAGCACUAU